AUUGUUGGAAGCUGGUCGUUCGAUGCCAGGCAGAUUUGACGUUGACCCUUUCUUCAAGCGAGGUGCCUGUCACCCUAGCAGUGAAGGCGUGUAGAACAGAUCGAAGCCAUGCCCUCGCGACGGUCUCACACCAAAUCCCACCAUGGUUGCACUCAAUGCAAACAGCGUCGAAUCAAGUGUGACGAAGCUCGCCCUAGUUGUGGUUACUGUCGGAAAAGGCAUAUCGUCUGUGCCUUUCUUAGCCAGGCACCACUGCCCAUAAACCCACCGCAACAGUUUCCGCCGCAGUCAAGUAGCCCUAGUCCGGGGUUGCAUUCCGCUUCAACAAUUCCCCUGCUGGAUCUCGAACUCCUACACCAUUGGCACACGACCACAGCCGCAUCUUUAGCGCACAAUAACUCAAUCCAAGACCUGUUUCGCAUUACUGUCCCGGAUGUGGCCCUAUCGUAUCCGUUCGUGAUGCACAGCCUACUGGCUGUCUCGGCUUUGCAUAUUGGACACAAAUGCCCGGCAGAUCGCCGCCGCAAAUACACAGAAGCGGCCAUCAGACACAACGAUCUUUCUUUAUCACUAUGCACACCGCUCCUCAGUAACGUGACAUCGGAAAACUGUCAUGCCCUGUUCGCGUUUUCGUGUCUUGUUGUCAUCUUCGCUUACGCCGCAGAACAUCCAGCAUCUUCCUCGGAUAUGCUCGAUGAAAGUGACGUGGUUAAAGUCUUCAAGUUGGUCCGCGGAGCGGGAUCGAUAGUGGGCCAAGCCCGUCCCUGGAUCGAACAAGGUGAAAUGCGCCAGUUGCUCGGUGCGGGUCGCAAUUUACGGCAGGCGUCUGCAAAGAAGCAUGCUCACGAGCUGUAUAAUCGAUUACAGGAGAUCAUAGAGCAACAUACGAACGUUUCGUCGCAUGAUCAAAAGGUGGGCGCUGCACUUUCCUCGUCUUUCGAACAUUUACGUGACGUGCUCAGACGGUGCACUACUCUUGAAGAUCCGGGUGCCCUUAUGGCGUGGCCUGUCAUGGUGCAUGCAGAUUAUCUUGACCUCCUGCUGCAAGGAGAACCGACGUCCUUCGUGAUACUCGGCCACUAUGGGGUGGCGUUGGAGUUGUUAAAGGACGAGUGGUGGCUAGAUGGCUGGGGUGAAUUCUUAGUGAAUCUUGCUUUGAAACACUUGGGUACUGAGGGAGAGUCGAAAAUGGCACGGUGUUUGGAGUUGCUCAGAGCAGAUAGAGCGGAAAGAGCAGCUGGAGGUGACUCAGCUGUGAGUUCAUAA